AUGGUAAGUUUUUGGAUGUUGUGUUGGGGAUGUUAGUACUAUAUUUUAGUACUAUGUCAGUGUAUCCAAUAUAGCACUAUAUACUGUUUUUUUACGCUUUAGUAUCAUUUUAUAACGGUUUAGCAUCAGUUCAUAAAGCUUUCGUACUAAAAAAGCAUUUAAAAAGUCUUGUCGCCAAAAUGCCUUGUUUCACAUAGUAAAAGACGACAAAACUUUUAAACCACCCCUUAAUGUCUAGUACAAACUUCAACUUUCAAAAAGUUAAAAAAGAUAUUGAAAAAACCUACUGUAACCUCAAUUCCAGCUCUCCAGCAUCAUCAACACAUUGACAAUGUCAGAAACCAUCCCAAAAACCCAAAAAGCUGCCUGCUACGACAAGGUUCUAGCCCCAAUCACGAUCCGCGAAAUCCCAGUACCGGAGCCAGGAGCUGACGAUGUGUUGGUGAAAGUGCUGUACACUGGUGUCUGCCAUUCCGAUUUGAGUAUCUGGAAAGGCACCUUUGAUGGCCCUCAAAAGUUCCCUUGCGUUGGUGGUCAUGAAGGCGCGGGAGUUGUGGUCAAGUUGGGCUCGAAUGCUACACAUUUGAAGCUGGGGGAUAAGGUUGGGAUUAAGGUAAGGAAACUUAAGAUGUUUUGUUGAGUUUAUAAUGUCUGUUGAAUAGUCUGGAAUUCUGUUUUUAAUGAUAUUAGCUAUAAAAAGUCGAAAAUUUUCAAAAAAUUUCAAUUUUUUUUAGUUUUUCUAAAUUUUUUUAAAAUUAAUAUAACUCUGCCACUUUUAAUAUUACAAAGAUGAAACUUUAGAUAUAGAUACUACUCUUUAUGCUUUACAAAAUAUAUUUUUUGAACUUUUAAAAUUUAUUUUUAAUCGUUGUUUUUCUUUCUUUUUGUUAAUUUUAGUGGAAGGAAAAGGGGUACGGUAAAACUACUGUAACUUUUUUAGUAUUUUAAAAUUUAAAAUUUUGGUUUUUGAGAUAGUUGAAUAAUUAUAUUGUCUAUGAUUUCAGAAAAUGUCAAGUUUCUAUCUAUUUUUUGGUCAAAGUUACAAUGAAAAUGAAGUUUCAAGAGCUGUCUUAGGGUCAAAAACGUGUCUUUUUUGCAGUUUAAAUUUGAUUAAAAGUUCAAAAACGACACGACUUUUUGAUAAUCUUACGUUUUUUGAGUUUGAGCAGAUUAAAGAAUUUUUUUUUGUUCUAAAAAAAUUUAAAAAACCUCAAAAAUUACCCUAAAAAAUCAAUAUUACAGUGGAUCAACGCCACUUGUAUGAACUGUGAGAUGUGUCGUCGCGGCUACGAGCCCAAUUGUCCAGAUGCUAUCAAUUCAGGUUUCUCAAGGCAUGGCUCCUUCCAACAAUAUGCCAUUAUUCGUGAAACUGAAGCCAUCAAGAUCCCGGAUGGCUUGGGUUUGGCCGAAGCCGCUCCAAUCUUGUGUGCUGGACUGACUGUGUACAAGGCGUUGCUGGUGUCUGGAGCUAUUGCUGGUGAUACAGUUGCGAUUACUGGUGCUGGCGGUGGAUUGGGAAGCUUGUGUAUUCAGUAUGCCAAGGCUAUGGGUUUUCAGGUAAAAGUUUUGAAGUUUUGGGGGUGGGAAAAGUCUUGUCGUCGAGUUGUGUGGGGUCAGGUGGGUAAAAACGACAAGACUUUUUUGAGGGUUUAACAUCACUUUAAAUUAGAAAAAAAAAUGAAAAUUUUAUCUUUUUGAAAUUUAAAAAUUUUUAAAAAAAAUUUUAUUUUUGAUUUUUUUAAAAAUUCUAUAUCUCCAGGUCCUAGCCAUCGAAUCCAAAGAGAAAGAAUCCUUCUGCCGUUCCUUAGGCGCCGACUACUUUAUCUGUCCCUUCACCUCAACAGACAUCGUAGCCGAUAUUCAAAAGCUAACAAACGGCGGACCUCACGCUGUUCUCAACGUGACCAACGCCGUUCCAGCUAUUCAAAAGUCGACCGAUUACGUUCGUACUCGUGGUACUGUGGUCUUAGUGUCGCUACCUCCUGGAGAACUGAAUCUGAACAUUAUUUCCACCGUAUUCCGAACGAUUGACAUUCGAUCGACGUAUGUUGGCAACAGAGUUGACACCGUAAGAGCGUUGGACUUUGUGGCCAAAGGGCAUGUUAAAGUGCCGAUUGAGAUUCGACCCUUCGACAAGCUGAACGACACUUUUGAGGAACUGAAGAGCGGAACACUGAAGGGACGUGUUGUGUUGGACUUGUGGAAGUGA